AGUUCGUCAACAGGAUGCACUGGCAUGAAUAUGAGCUGAUUAUAAUGUCUUGAUAUGAUGCAAUGGUGGGCUGCUGCGUAUAUGGCGACAGUCCAUAUCAAAUUCAAAAUCGAAAUACACUGUUUUUUAAUCUGCCAUCGUUUAAGAGAAUGACGAGAUCAGCGGUAAAAGGUGAAGAUCGAAAGGCGAAAAUGUGCCAAAAGAAAUGUCUACUACGUUAUUCCUCAUUCCUUCACGACUGUGUCAACAGCUUCGUAACACUCUCCGUCACAUUUUGCUGAUCUUUAGUACGAUGUGGAU